AAGUGACGGACGGGUAGAGUCGUUGCCAGGCCGGACGAAAUGCUUGGAGGCAUUUCGUCCGUCUUUAUGCUAUGAGUUCUUAUUCUGCAGAUGUCGACUUUAUCUUUUAAACUUUCGAGGUUGAUACAGUAAGUACCAGUCGAAUAGCGAAGUUGUUGUAAUCGACUUAGGUCCGUCCCCUAAAUUGCUGGCCUUGUGCCAAAAUUUGAAACCUGUGUGUGUGUGUGUGUUUAUAGAUAUAUAUUCAGGGUGUGGUGAAUAAACUGUCGUCUAAAUUACGCAAAAAUGAAAAUAACACUGAUAUCUCAUUUUAACAGAUAUAUUUACCAAAGUUACAUAAAAAUAUCUCGAAAUUCUAAAGAGUAAAUUUAUUCAAUAAAAUCGCCAUUGGCUUCAACCAUGGCCUCCAGACGACUUCGGAAUCUCCUGUAACUCGUCUGGAGAGUUUCCUCGUUUAAGCUGGUGAAUUCUGCCAUAAUCCUUGCUUUCAGUUCAUCUUUGGUGUUACAAGGAGUUUUUUUAGUCUCUCGACUCACGAUCGUAAGGUUGUGAGUUCAAUUCCCAGCGACGCGUUAUGUCCAUGAGCAAGACACUUUGUUUCACGUUGCUCCAGUCCACUCAGCUGGCAAAAAUGAGUAGUACCUGUAUUUCAAAGGGCCGACCUUGUCACACUCUGUGUCACGCCGAAUCUCCCCGAGAACUACGUUAAGGGUACACGUGUCUGUGGAGUGCUCAGCCACUUGCACGCUAAUUUCACAAGCAGGCUGUUCCGUUGAUCGGAUCAGCUGGGACUAUCAUCGUCGUAACCGACGGAGUGCUCCUUUAAAAAGCUCACCUGGCAAAACUGAGUAGUACCUGUGAUUCAAAGGGCCAGCCUUGUUCACAUUCUGUAUCCCGCUGAAUCUCUUUGAGAACUCUGUGGAGUGCUCAGCCACUUGCACGUUAAUUUCACGAGUAGGCUGUUCCGUCCGUCCGUCCGUAUGUAUGUAUGUAUGUAUGUAUACAAGACGGGAUUCUUUCAGUUUCCGCCUACAGUAACUACUCACAAAGCUUUGGUUGGUCUGAGGCUUCAGUAGAAACUACUACUACUACUACUACUACUACUACUACUAUCACCACCACCACCACCACUACCACUCGGCAGUCUGCGUUCACUGUAGGUGAGAGUAGCCUCCCUUGUGUCGUUUGUUCACGUGGCGGUGUUACCAUAACAACAGCAUCUUCAUCUCUCGUCACUGUGAGAGAAAAGUUUCGUUAGUGCUGGUUAGUUAGAUGUCGGAGAGCUCUUGCUACGCAACGUCAGCGAAGUUCUUAAUCAGCAGCAACAACAACAACACGAAUGACGUCGGCGUUUAUAACAAUCACGACAAAUUGUAACGGCGAACAACGAUCGUUGCAUCGAUAAUAACGAUGUAGCACCGUAGCCAUCGUCGUCAUCAAACAACAACAGCAACAAACAAGGGUAAUUGCGUCGUCAGCAGUAAUAAGAGUAACAACAACAACAACAAUAACAAGAACAACAACAGCAAUAACAACAACGACUGCAUCAUUUAAUACGAUAACAACUACAGUACCAAAAACAAAAACUACAAGCCACCGCCGCCCACCACCACCUACUACUACGACGACGACACCAACAACAACAACAGCGUUAACAUAAACAAUAUAACGUCAUCGUUAUCGUUCUCACCACGAGUGACAAACAGCAUCGCCACCACCACCACAACCAGCAGCAGCAGCGGUGAUGAUGAUGAAUGAACAACAACCGUUGUUGGGUGAAAUUACACCUUCAUUUUCAUCAUCGUCGUCAUCGUCAGUUCGCAACAGAGGCAAGGCCGGGGCAGAGUCGCAACAACAGCAGCAAGAACAACGAGAAGAAAAACUGAAUAUAGACAAUGUCUACCCGCAUUAUGCCAAAGUGUGCCUGGCCCGGUGCAAGAAACCCGACCCUUGGUACAUCAAGUUGUUUGAGGUUAUUCUGUUUGUCGGUGCCGUGUCGUUUUCACUCUAUUGCUACAUGUUCUUUGACAACGUACACUUCCACACGUUGAAUGCCUACGCCCACCUCGGUUAUUCAGAAGCUCAGCACCUUGUUGGACAACGCUAUCUAAACGGUAUUGGCACCGAGAAACACCCAGAGAAAGCCAUGAUGUGGUUCAACGAUGCCCAUUCCCUGAUUGCUGAUGCUGCCAGGAAAGGUUUGAGCGAAGCCAACGAGACCCUGAAGCACGUCUGUUCCCGAGGUGGAUGCAACCGGUAAAUGUGAGCGGCGCAGAAACUCCGGAGGAGGAGCCCGCAAUGUUCUGUGCUAUUCAUUCUUAACACACUCAUACGCACACACACAUACACACACAUAGAUAUGUAUACACACAUAUAUAUACACAUACAUAUAUAUAUAUAUAUACAUUUUCCUUUCUCUCUCACUAAAUAAUUUAUUUCUGCACCAAAUGUGAUCACCUGCCAGAAUCUUUAGUGCGUCGGACAAAAUGCUUAGUUAGAUAGCCUUCGGCCCUUUACGAAUUGGCCUCAAAAUCCCGCCGAGGUCAACUUCGGCUUUUAUCUUUUCGGGGUUGAUGUAAUCGCUGACCUUUUAUCAAAAGUGUAAGAUCUGUCUCAAGUCCCAGGAUUCACAGCGCGAUUGCUCGGUUUUCGUGGCGUAUAAGUGACCGAGAUCACAACAAUCCUCCUGGACGGGACGCCAGUCCUUCGCAGAGUCGCUUGUUUACAGGUGAGCUGACUGGACCAACGUGAAAUGAAGUGUUUUGAUCAUCAGCGCAACGCAUCACCCGCUCCGGGAACUGAAACCAUGAUCUCGGGAUCGUGAAUGCAGCACCCGAACCAUUAGGCCACGCAUCUUCACUGUGCCAAAAUUAGAAAGAUUUAAUUACCGGGUGUGGAUUUGGUGAAAAGUCGAUGGGCUUAGUAUACAUAACCAAACCACAUCUAAAACCGCAACAAAGUACAAUAAAAUUCCUGCAUAAACACCAUCAAUAAAACCACGAACACUUCAACAACAACAACAACUGAUUUGUUUUAUUAAAUGUUUCAUUUUAUUAAUUUUUUUUCUCCCUGAUUAUUGCAGACUACAUUCUGCAUGAGGGGUAGUCAGCUGUUAUUUAAACGAAGCACUUGAAAAUAUAAUGUAAGCUGUAUAUAAUUUAUUGUAAUAAAUGGCAAAUAAACGCAAUAAAAAGUCCUUAUAUAA